UAAGCGGCUUGGCUCCUGACACCGCAUCCCCUGAAUUAAGCAUUUGGAAAGAGGGUUUCAUUUGCGAAACACUUAAUCGUCUCGAUAUUUUUAUCCCUCAUAUGUGUGUUGAGAAACUCUAUUGACUUUAUCUGUUAUGAAGAAUCUACUUUUACUGUUCUGGGAUUGAUUAAAAAAAGUUAUUGACAUCUUUAAGAACACGAGGUUUGAAAAACUAAAUGGAAUAUCGCACCGACGUUUUUUAAAUAAUCAGGCUCGUCAAGAGUCAGUGUUACAAUCCAAAAUUCGCCAUUUAUAUGAAAAAGAAACGAAUCUGAGAAUAUACGCAUGUUACAACUCUGUUACAUUAAACAUCUUUUAUAGCUAAAUUUUCAACAACUUCUAUAUUUUUAAGUAAUACUAAUGAGAUAAAUUUAAGGAAAUUUUAAAUGUGAAUCAUGUCAAAGGAAACCUUAAAUAAUACUUAACUAUAAUUUUUAAAAUUCUGGCUACUCAAAAACGAUGGAUCUUAUGUUUUACAUUUGUUUAGUCUUGCCAAAAUAUUUAUAUCAAAUAAACGAGUGUGUGCUAAUUGAUGAUGUUUUUACAUAAAUAUCUUUGUGCAGCCUGAUUGAAAAAUGAAAUUUUUUUAUUUUGUAUAAAGGCGAAAUAAUAUUGAUGGAUACAUUUUCAGCUGUUUAAUAACUGUAAUAGGUUUUAGAAAUGUUAAAUGUUACGUGCAUCCUUACUCUUCACCUGAAAAAACUCUCCCGAUCAUAAUAACAUCUGGGAAACAUAGUGGAAGUUUUCAACAUUUCUGGGAUCUAUAGAUGUGUUCUUAAGAAGAUGUUUGUGUGAAAUAUGUCGUGACAGAUGAAACUAGAGAAGACAUGCUUCCAUAAGCUAUUUUCUCGAAAGGCUGAUUCUAUGAUAUGUGAAAUCUUCAGAUAGAUGGACUCGAAAAACUCUGAUUCCAGCUAGAGCUAGAGAGAAGCCUUUUCGUGAAUGUUCAAAACAAAAGUGGUUGAUGCUUAUUAAAUACCUCCGCUGUAAUCAUGGCAUAUGAUAAGAAAGGUUCUGUAUAGCUAAUUCUUGUAGUUCAAAAUGUGAUACCUUCGGUAACAAAUUAAUGUGCUCUUAAAGUGAAAUCUAGUCAUAUUUAAAGAAGCAGUAUUUUAAUUCAUUUCUAUUCGUAAUGCAUCGGAUAAUUUAGAGGACUGUUAAGAUUUCUUAUUGUGAUUUCGCAGAUCUUUGCAGAAUUUUCAAGUGAACCGGUAAACCACUUUUCUAGCAAAUGUUGAAUAAACGCUAUUUUCAAUCCCUAGCCAAAAGAAAUAGGAAAAUCUUCAAAAUUUCUAAGUGUGAAGUCGUUUCAGACAGCUAAAGAGUCUACUGAUUGCCAUCUGCUGACUUAUUUCAAGUUAAGUCUUCAAUGCAACGUUUAUCGAAUCAGUCAAGUUUUUCCAUUGACUCUUUAAUAUCGCCUCAGGCGACAAAUCCUGUCAGACCUCCAGUAGGACAAAUGUUACCUCUGCCUCUUUUUUGCAAUGGACUUGUCAUAUUUCCAAGAGGCAAUUUCUAUUCUGGACCAGUCUCUUUUCCACCUCUGCCAUGCGAGAAUCUCGUUACAUCAACGAUUUCUUCCACAAGGUGUCAACAACUUCCUAGCACUUGUGUAACCUCAAGGUCCCAAGCACUCGAGAGAGAAGAAGAAAAUUCAGGGGCUAAGAUAUGGGCUCUCACAAGACCUCUUUCUUCUCUUCAGUCAUCUGCAAGUCAACUCUCUCCAGUCAGAACAGAUUCCUCCCGAACCAGCGAGUCGUCUGAUGCGGAAGAACUGCCAACGCGUCCGGCAAAAUCUUUGGAUGAUUCUGCUCGACCUUGCGAUUCGUCCUCCGCUUUCGGAGACGGGAGCGGAUCGGCGGCUGGAAGCGGGAAAACUCGUCGGAAGCGCACAGCUUUCACAAGCGAACAGUUACUGGAAUUGGAAAAGGAAUUCCACUCCAAAAAAUACUUAUCCCUCACCGAACGCUCACAGAUCGCCCAUUCCCUCAAAUUGAGUGAGGUUCAAGUGAAAAUUUGGUUUCAGAACCGAAGAGCCAAGUGGAAACGCGUUAAAGCUGGCAUUACUGCUGGUAGAACUACCACCAAUCCUAACGCUCCAAAGAUAGUGGUCCCGAUUCCGGUGCAUGUAAACCGGAUAGCAAUCCGAAGUCAGCAUCAGCAACUGGAAAAGUCAGCAACAAGGUAGAUAACAGGAUAUUUAGAGCUUCUAGAACGAAAUUUAAUUCACUGAGCUUCUAGACGUUAACCAGAACUCAUAUGGAUGUGUUAAAGCUGUAUUUAUUAAAAAACUAUUAUGUUCCAAGGAAUAACAAUUUCAUUAACAUUUAAUAUACUCAAUUAAAUUACCGAUUGAGAUGGAUAAGUUACUAAAAAUGACAAAUUUCACAGUUUGAUUAAAUAUUCUUUUGCUUCGAGUAAAAUGCUACUUUAAACAAUUAUUUAGUAUCCUUUCCAAUACUAUAAACCAUCACAUCAAGGUUGUCAAAGAAUGUUACCUUAAAUUAGCACUGUAAUUAUAGUGAAGCAAGGAGAUAAGCUGUAAAUUAAGGCAAAUGUGGUUGUAAAAUAUAUUUAUAUUGCAACAAUGUCCCAGUGCAUUUUAAAUAAUCUGAUUUUGCUUUAAAAAAUAAAGGACUACUUUUUUUUUGUAUCAUAUAGAAACCAGAAGUAUAUUAAAAACUGCAUCUACCUUCUUGGAACGUCUGUUCAAACUUUGCUUCAUUAUGUAUGUGAGUUUCUGAAUAGAAAUAUGAAAAAUGUAUGAUUUACUUGAUGUAACUGAAUGAGAAAAGUAAUUUAAUGUUUCAAUUUAGUUUAAAUUUACAAAAUAAUAUAAGGAAUAGUUAAACAAAUUUAAAAAGCAAUAAUAAAUUCUGUUUGAAAAAUUUAUACUUUUUUUCAUAUUUACACGUUUAGUCACAUACUUUAAUAUUAUUAAAAAUUCUCUAUUUUAACAUAGCAAUCAUUUAUUAACUUAGCAUAAGUAUUGCCCCAUCUAGGAAUUUAUUGUAUCAAGCCUGCGAAAUUUACCAAUAUUGUACUGAAUUAAUUUUCCAUUAAUAGUCAAAUUCCACUUACAUUUACAUGAAAUUUAUUUACGCUUUUGGAGGUUCGAAUUGAAGCUUGAAGAGUAAUAGUACAAUGUUUAUUGAUUUCAGUAAAAUUAUUUAAAUCAUUCCAUUGUUUACUCCCAGAGCUAAGAUAUCAUCCAAAAUAUUUUAAGUAUUUAGGAAAUAAAGCAGGUUUUUAAAAAUUUAAUCGCUACUUUAAUUUUAUAUUAGUUUCUCAACGUUGUCUUUAUAAAUUAAGUCACUUAAAAUAAGACUUUUAAAGAUAACUAUGGAACCAAAUAUGUGCAUAUCCACGUAAAACUAACAAAAGCUGUAAGAAUGACCAACGGGGCUUAAGUGAUAAUCAAAAAGUGUAUUAAAAAAAAACUGAGUCUUUAUGCAUAUUCCAUUUACUAGUCAAGUUUAAAUUCAUGCUUUUUCACUUCACAUGCAUGCAAGCUGACAUCUCUAUGGGUUCUUUCUAAUUUUGCAUAAGGCCAUUAGAAAUGAAUCUGAUACCUGUCCCUCCCCCAGAAGCGAAUUUAACAAAGGAAAAUUACACGAGUCGAAAUUACACGAAAAUUACACGAGGCAUUAAUAAACAGCUGAGGAAACAAAAUAUUGUGACUUAAUCGUUUGAUUAUCUUAAAUGUUAAUGCUCUGAAGAUGUAUGUAAAUAUUUAAAUGUAAAAUUUUGUGGGGAAAAAGAUACUCUUGAUUAAUUUCUAUAUUAUUCAUCAUAAAAUCAAAUAAACAGUUACUAUCUGAAAUUAUAUUAAUGGUAUGGUUUCCUACAUGGUGGAACAGAAACAAAAUGAAGCAACGAAUGGAAAGUGGAAAUCAAAACAAAUAUGCAACGAAUUUUGUUUGCUACUGUUUAAGACAGUAAGGCAUUUUUUUACAUGUAGGAAAAAGUAAUUAUCUUAUUAAGUUAGCAAUAUGCUGCUGUUAUUUAUUUAUUUAUUUAUUCAUUUAUUCAGUUAAUGAAUUUGAAAUCCAGGAUGCUUCUUGAAUUUGUACUUUUAUGUUGAUUCUUUGCAUAUUUCGAUGAUAUUACGUAAGGAUUAUAAAAUAAAAGUUCAUGUUAAAUUAUAGAACAUUUGUAUUUCAUUGAAAUAUAAACGUCAUCAGUAUUUUCUGUUUAUAAGUUAAAUUAUUUUUUAUCAGUUUUGAUUAAAAUUAUGCUGUCUUAUAUUAUUUACACUUAAUACUGUUUGAAAAUUUAACAAAUGAGGAUGCUUCUUUCAGGAAUUUUCAGUGUUGUGUUCAAAAAGGACUUCGGAAGCAAAAUCUGUGUAUUUAAUAUAGGACAAAAAUAAUAAAGUCAUGUU